AAGGUAGGUUUUGUGAUCCAAACCAAGUCAAUCAACUUGCCAAUCUUUUUUCCUAAUUUAAUUGUUUGUUUUCUUUCUAUACUCUUGUUCAUUUUUGUUUAUUAUUAUUAUUGUUUCUCUUUUGGAAAAUUAUAAUAAUAAUAAUCCAAAUGAUACUUUCCCCUGCUGGUUUCUCACUUCUCUUAUUUGUUUAUUGCUCUUUUAUUGGGGGUUAUUAUUUUCCUAUUUGGUAAAAUUCUGGUUUCAUUAUCUUCAAGUUUAGAUCUUUCCAUUUUUAGCAUACUAAGAAUCGUUGGAGCUGAACAAGAAGCCUUUCAGGGUUUUAUAAGUUUUGCCCAUCUGGAAAAUUAAUUGCUGGUCGAUCAAGAAAAAUGGUGAGAGGGAAGACUCAAAUGAGGCGCAUAGAGAAUGCCACAAGCCGUCAAGUGACGUUUUCUAAAAGGAGAAAUGGGCUUCUGAAGAAGGCCUUUGAGCUCUCAGUUCUUUGUGAUGCUGAGGUGGCUCUUAUAAUCUUCUCCCCAAGAGGAAAACUCAAUGAAUUUGCUAGUUCCAGCAUGCAAGCUACGAUAGAACGUUAUAGGAAGCACACUAAGGACAAUCAAACUCACAACAAAUCUGUUGAACAAACCAUGCAGUUGCAGCAUUUGAAACAAGAAGCAACUGCCAUGAUGAAGAAGAUAGAGCUUCUUGAAAUCUCCAAACGGAAAUUUUUGGGAGAAGGUCUGGGUUCAUGCUCCCUUGAAGAACUACAACAAGUAGAACAACAGUUGGAGAAGAGUGUAACAAAAAUUCGAGCAAGAAAGAAUCAAGUUUUCAAAGACCAGAUUGAGAUACUUAAGGAAAAGGAAAAAGCCCUAACAUCUGAAAAUGCAAGGCUUUCUGAGAAGUAUGGUAUUAAACCGAUGGUUCAAGCAUCAAAUAAUAAUAAUAAUAAUAAUAAUAAUAAUAAUAAUAAUAAUAACCAUAAGCAGAUAGAGGACUUGAACAACACAGAAAGUAAUCCCAGUUCAGAUGUGGAGACUGAACUAUUCAUUGGGCUACCAGAAACAAGAUUAAAGCGUCUACUUCCAAAGAAAUGAUCAUAAGCUUAAAAUUAAGAUAAGCUUGCUGAGAAUACUGCGCUUUAAGUUUUUUCCACAUAUAUAUAACCUGUAAGAUUAUUAUUAUAAUUAUUCUACCUCCAUAUAAUUAUGUCUCUAUAUAUAUUUAUAUAUAUUCUUGCACUGCAAGUAUAUAAUAAUAAACUAUAGCAUUUUGAAAUGGCAAUACGUGUACUAAUUGUAAGAUCCAUGAUAUUGCGAUCAUCAUCAGAAACUACUAACUGACUACAUAUAUAAUUAACGCAAUGCAUUCUGUUGAUGAAAUUCUAUGGUUCCAUUCA